CCCGUCGUUUCCGACGUCAUCCGGAAGUCGGGCGCUGGUCCCCUUACACUGCGCGGGUGUCUGCGGUUCCUCCUUCGGCUACCCCGGGGCCGAAGUGUACGUCGGGGAUCCCGUAGCCUUCGGCUUGUGUCUCAGCCGAGCUACUUGCUCCGCACGGGGCUGCGUGCAGCCUAUGGCGGGGGCCGCCCCGACCACGGCCUUUGGGCAGGCGGUGAUCGGCCCGCCUGGUUCAGGGAAGACCACGUACUGCCUGGGCAUGAGUGAGUUCCUGCGCGCGCUGGGCCGGCGCGUGGCGGUGGUGAACCUGGACCCGGCCAACGAGGGGCUGCCGUACGAGUGCGCUGUGGACGUGGGCGAGCUGGUGGGGCUGGGCGACGUGAUGGACGCGCUGCGGCUGGGGCCCAACGGCGGCCUGCUCUACUGCAUGGAGUACCUGGAGGCCAACCUGGACUGGCUGCGUGCCAAGCUAGAUCCCCUACGCGGCCACUACUUCCUCUUCGACUGCCCAGGCCAGGUGGAGCUCUGCACGCACCACGGCGCUCUGCGUAGCAUCUUCUCCCAGAUGGCGCAUUGGGACCUCAGGCUGACUGCUGUCCACCUGGUGGAUUCUCAUUACUGCACAGACCCGGCCAAGUUCAUUUCGGUACUGUGUACUUCUCUGGCCACGAUGCUACAUGUGGAGCUGCCCCAUGUCAACCUGCUCUCCAAGAUGGACCUCAUUGAGCACUAUGGGAAGUUGGCCUUCAACCUGGACUACUACACAGAGGUCCUGGACCUCUCCUACCUGCUCGACCACCUGGCUUCUGACCCUUUCUUCCGCCACUACCGUCAGCUCAAUGAGAAACUGGUGCAGCUCAUUGAAGACUACAGUCUGGUCUCCUUCAUCCCUCUCAACAUUCAGGACAAGGAGAGUGUCCAGCGGGUCCUACAGGCUGUGGAUAAAGCCAAUGGCUACUGCUUCGGGGUCCAAGAGCAGCGAAGCCUGGAGGCCAUGAUGUCUGCUGCAGUGGGAGCUGAUUUCCACUUCUCCACGUAUCCUUGCUCUCUAGCCUCUAGGCCACAGCCAAGGGGGGACAUGAGGCUCAGGAGUGGCCACAUCUCCCCUUGUAGAUGACUGAUCUCUUGCUGACCAGUUGGGCUCCUUGGUGACUGUCUCUCAGGUGCAAAGACUGGUCCCUUAGAUGGCUUCAGUGUUGGUUGUACCUGAGGACAAAGGAGGAUACUGAUCAGAAGGAGCAGCAAAUACGGAUGCAAAGAAAUGAAAAGGCAUUGGUCGUUUGGGAGAGAUGCAAGGGGUUCAGUUUGCUUCUUGUCCUGACUGUGAAAGGGAACGGGGGUGUAGGGGUGCAGGGGUAGUAGGCAGGGCUGACGGUGGGGGGCUUGCAUGCCCUGCUGAGGCGUGUGGACUUCCGCUUGUGGGUGGGCGGUGGGAACCAGCAUAGCCUGGUUGUGCAGGGUGUGACAUGGUCAGGUGUACGUUAUUUAAAAGCCCUCCGAGUGCAGAAAUUGCGUUUAAGGGAUGUGAGCGGAGGCACAAGAGUGUUUACAGUCUGUAGAUGGAAAGAGAUGAAACGUUAGUAGUAAGAACGGAAAGAAGGGUACAGAGUGGAUAAAAGGAGGUGGGCUACCAGCGUUGGUGACUGGGUGGUUAUGGGAAUAGAUGGAGGUGGACCAGAAGUGAGACUCCCAGGUUUCUGGCUAAUACAGCGGUACGUGUGGGCAGUUCUGUUGGUCACUGAGGCAAGAAAAGGAAGGGAAGAGGACAGGGUUAUCACCUGGAUGGGAGGGAUGGACGCUGGCAGAUGUGCUGUGUUUGAGGGGACCGUGCGACAGCCAGAGCUGUCAGCUAGACCUCCAGAACUGGAGCUGGAUUCGUGACCAGUGGGAUGGAGCUAAGGUCACGUGCAGGUGUCCCUCAGGUCACUGAGGCCGCGGGUGAGGCAGGACAGGAAGCGCAGGCCCACUAGGAUGGUUUCAGACAUUUGACACUUACACAGCAUGCUGGAGACCAGGGGGGCUCCAGAGCCCUUGGUAUGGAGGAAGAUCAUUCCAGCCAGUACCUUCUGAUCUGUGUCCGGCCCUGCCACACGUGGGAAACCAAGCUCGCAGGGAACCAGACAGGUUGUAAAUAAAAUGAUGGCGGUAGAGCGCGCAGUGCUUGCUGAAGGGGUUGAGCUGCUACCUCACACUUGCAGUUAAUGUGGGCAAGUUCAACUGCAGGUGCUCAGCAAACAUGUGAAGGGGCAGUUUCGGUAGUCCUGAAUUUUUUUGUACGCUGUGCGUUAGUUACUUUAUGCAUCCGUACGUGUUAUGCAAGGUUCUGUUUGUAAAACGGUACACUUUUUGAUAGAUGAUUUAAGGGAUUUUCAAAGGUAUUUUUAACCGUAUGCAUUUGUGCUGAUUUUAUUUAUUUUUAUUUUUUAUUAAAAAAAUUUUUUUGCGUUUAUUUAUUUUGAGAGAGAGAGAGUGGGGGGGGGGAGGAGCAGAGAGAGAGGAGAGAGAGAGAAUCCUAAGCAGGCUCCGAGCUCAGUUCGAUAUCUUGAACCGUAAGAUAUCACCUGAGCUGAAAUUGAGAGUUGGGACCCUUAACUGACUGAGCCACCCAGGCGCCCCUAUUUGUGCUGAUUUUAGAUUCUGCCCCCUACCCUAAUCCUCAUAAGGUUCAACUUCACUCCACAUCUAAGACAGUUAAGGAUUGGGGCACCUGGGUGGCUCAGUCAAUUGAGCGUCUGCCUCUUGGUUUCAGCUCAGGUCAUGGUCUCACGAUUCAUGGGAUCGAGUCCCGCAUCAGGCUCUGUGCUGCCAGCACACAGCCUGCUUAGGAUUCUCUCGCUCCCUCUCCCUUUGUCCCUCCCCCCAGCACGCUCAAGAGUGCACUCAAAAUAAAUAAACAUUUUUAUAAAAAGAUAACUAAGGAUUGGUAUAAAGAAGGGAAACAUCAGCUCUCCUGAGGAGCAUGUGGGUCAAGGAAGCUUCACCAAGGCAGUGGCGCUGGAAUUGUGUUAUCUUAAAGUGAGGGUUAACCAGGCUGAUUAAGAGGAAAAGGGAAUUCAAAGCAAAGAGAGUAGUAUAUACAAAGGCAUGGCGGUUCAAGGUCAAGGCACGUCUGGGGAGUUGCAAGUAGAAUAGCACGACUCGUGGGCAGGACAGGGCUUUGGCUGAAGAGCAGUGAUAGGGCCAGACAGAUGGUCAAAUAGAUGCAGGGUUCCAUGUGCCCUGCCCAGGAACGUGGACUCCAGGUGGAGUCCAAAUGCAAGUUUGAGGUUAUUUCAUGUCAAGGAAGAUGGACUCCACUCAUCCUGAGUGAUUCUCGGGGCGACUUGCACAGGAACAAGGCAUUAUUUCUUGAGAAAAAGAGAGGGGGAAGGGGCACAGGUUCAGAGUCUGCUUGAGUAGGGGUGCGGUGGAUUUUGGUGGAUGGAUCCCUAAGAGAUGAGAAAGAAAGUCCGUACCCUGAACAUCAUUUAGCGAACUACGUACUCUACUGGCAAAAUCUCAUUUAAUCCUCAUUCGGUCCCUUUUUUUUUUUUUUCCUCAAGUUCAUUUAUUUUGAGAGAGAGAGUAUCCCAGGUAUCUGCACUGUCCGCGCAGAGACUGAUGCAGGGCUUGAACUCAAGAACUGUGAGAUCAUGAGCUGAGCCGAAACCAAGAGUCGGACGCUGAGCCACCCAGGCGCCCUUCAGUCCCUUCGUAUAGAUGAGGCAGUUGGGGCUGUGAGAGUGACAGGUCCAAGGUCCUUCUCCCAGGAUGUGCUGGAAGGACAGUUCAAACCUCAGUCUCCCUGGUUGUGGAACCUCAGUUUCUACUAGGCGAACCUCACUGGAGUCACCUAGUAGAACAGCCACGGUGGCCAUCCUUCCGUGUCUAACUGCCAUCUCCUCCUCAGACCCACACCCAGGCCUCAGGCCGGCCAGCCUCACGGGGCUCACUCAGCAGUAUCACAGUCUUUUCCUCCGUGAGUCUGAUUGGCAUCCUUCCCACUCCAUGUCCCUGCUGUCCCAGAGAGGUAGAAAGAGAGAGGUAGAAGGCACCGGAUAGCGCAAGCAGAAGUUAGUUGUUAUCUUUGAGCUCCCCUGAGUUCCCUCCCGUGGCAGAAGAGAGGUCGGAAACACUUAGCACCUGCUGUGUACUAGGUGCCAUAGUAGGCACUUUGUAUUGUCUUCUUUGAGCCUCACAACUCUAUCUUACAGACGAGAAAAAAGGAUGUGGCAAACUCAGGAUUUAAACCCCCAGUGGUCUGGCUCCAGAGCACGUGACCUAACAUAGCUGCAGGGUUAGUGCCGUCUGGUCCUUUGAUCCUCAGCAAUGUGGGGAAGAGGCGAAUACAGAAGCAUUUGGGUCUGGAUUGUUUGUUUGUUUAAUGUUUGUGUAUUUUUGAGAGAGAGGAAUCAUGUGCAGAGGUAGGGGAGGGGCAGAGGGAAGGGGACAGAGGACCCGAAGUGGGCUCUUUGCUGACAGCACAGAGCCCGACGUGGGGCUUGAACUCACGAACUGUGAGAUUAUGACCUGAAGCGAAGUCGGACACUCAGCCGACUGAGCCACCCAGGGGCUGGGGUCUGGGUGUUUUGAGGGGCCUCUCAGACCCAGUGGGUGCCUAUUGCCUGGAGCUAUAACGGUGAGAAAGGGAGAGGGGUGGGAGCAGAAUCCGCCAGACGUGGCUAUCGCGAGGCAUCAGUAGAGGUCGGAUCCUGCCCAGACCAGUUCCCCACCCUUGCCUGUGCCAGCAUCCUUGA